GUGACCCGCACCAUGAGGAACGCCAGCAAGGAGGUGCAGGGCCCGGGGCAGCGCUAUGCCCCCUGCGACUGGUACUACCACCUGCCUGCCAAGCGCUCCGAGAAGCCUGUGGAUGCUCCCCCUGCGUCCCAGAUCCCGGGGCUCAGCGACCUGGGGGACUCUCCCAGCAGCAGCCUGCCCGGGGCUCGGAGGUACUGGAUCAAGGAAACCGACUCGGAGUACGUGAAGCUGGCCAAGCAGGGCGGCAGGCCUGAUCUGCUGAAGCACUUCGCCGCUGUGUCCUCGGCGGGCUCGCCCGUGGCCUACUCCCUGCCCGACUGGUACAUCCACCACAGCAAGCCGCCCACGGCCCUGCAGCGCGCGGUGCCUGUCGUCUCCAUGCCCGACUACAUGGUUUACGAAGAAUUUCACCCCGACCAGUCCAACGGCAGCUAUGAAUCCAGGAGGGGGCCCUUCGACUUCGACAUGAAAACCGUCUGGCAGAGAGAGGCGGAGGAGCUUGAAAAGACUAAAAAAAAGGUGAAGCUGCCGGCCAUUCACUCCAAGAAUCCCAGCAAAGUGGGGACACCGCUUGGCCCCAAAGACCCUACAGGAAGCAGACUGUCCUUCCCUCCCAUGCCUGGCCAGAAAGCCAGUUCACCCACAAACUUUUCCAAACUUAUUAGCAACGGUUAUAAGGAUGAGUGGUUGCAGCAGCAGCGAGCUGAGCUGGACAAGAGGACAGCAAAGGCGUCCCCGGAGGAACCCCAAGGGCCCGAGGACGCUGGGCCACCCCAGGAGCCAGAGGCCCCCACAGGCUCUGAGAGCGAAGGCCCAGGAGCAGCCCCGUCUCCGUCAACUCCUGUGGAGCUCAAAUAGCCCUGACGCGGUGUGUGCUCAGGGUGACGCUGGCGGCUGUCCAGGACUCGGCUGUGCUACAGCUGCCCGUCAGGCUCCCGCUCUGUGCUAGUGACGUGGAUUCACACGGAACAAUCUGUCCUGCAGCAGACAUGAGACCACGUGCCUUAGAUGGUCCGAGUGUUGGGUUACAUUUCUUGCGUUUCCCUGGGAUGUUAAAUACUUGGCCCAUAAACACAACCAGGCCCCCGGAGCCCUCGUCUUGCUGGCCUGGUGAUGUCCCAGGGGCUGGGGACCAGCUGCUUGCUCUUUGUCAUCAGCCUACCCCGCCCCCUGUGCACAUCACUGUUGGGUGACUUUCCUGUUAGACUCUCACCAACAGGAAACUCACGGGACCAGCUGUGAGCCUCUUCUGUGCUCUGGUCCUGUAAUAUUUGUAGAAAUAAUUUUCAUGUUACAAAAAAAUUCCAGAAUAUGGUGAUAUAGUUUAUAUUAAGAAAGAUAUUUUAUUUAUGCCUUAAAGUUUUAAACAUCGAAUAGAAAACAUUUAUAUCUAUGAGUAUAAAAGUUUAAUUUUAAUAUUUAAUGGGAUAGGCUGGACACAAACUUUUGAAUAAUCAGACUGAAUUCUUUAAAUUUUGCUGCUUUUACUGAGUAACAAGCAUUGACCUGUAGCUUCCUAUUUUGUACAUCGAAUUCAUUAAUCAAAUAGCAAUUUUCGGCAGGAAGGUCUUCAGAAAGCCAAUAAGGCCACAGAUAUUUUAGCUUCUUUCCCAGAGUAAACUUAUCAUGCGCUCGCUCACCUGGAAUGCACAGCUCCAAGCAGCGGUUUACAUGAGCUGCUCGGCUGAUCGUACAGGUCUGUGCUGUCUGACGACCCUGACCGCACGGUGGGGGAAGGCGUGCACUGGCAUGGCCACAAGUGUCAAUAAAAUACUAAACCA